AGACUUUGAGCCCAAAACUCACCCAUAAUUGCAAACUCUAUUAUUCACUCACUUUUCUGAACCCUUUUGUCACAUGUUUUGCGUGUUUUUGUCGCAAAAGUGUUUUAUUCAUCCAUUGAUCCAUUCAUUUGACCCGUAAUUGAAGGCCACGAAGAAGACAAUGAGUGACACGACUCCGACCCCCGCCGACAAAGUGGAGCCGACGACAGCCACUGAUGGCCACAAGACGGACGACGCCAAGAGCCGCGAGAGGACCGAAUCGGAGAGCGCCGACUCGAAUCCAGACAUUCAUUUUGAUCCCAUUAUUCAGUUACCAUUGAUUGAUCUGAAGAGUCUGGAGGAGGACGAGACGGAACUCCUUAAACUUCGGGCCAAACUGUAUCGUUACGACACCACCGAAGAGACGCCUCAAUUCAAAGAGCGCGGAACCGGCGAAGUGAAGCUCUUGAGACACAACCAGAUCCGUGCCGUCAGGAUAUUGAUGAGACGCGACAAGACGUUGAAACUAUGCGCUAAUCAUUACAUAAUGCCUGCAAUGGAGCUGAAGAAACACCAAAACAGUGAGAAAGUGUUUGUGUGGAGCACUUUCGCCGAUCUGUCCGACGAGACGCCCAAACCCGAGACACUCGCCAUUCGUUUCGGAAACGCCGAGAACGCACAAAAGUUUAAAGAAGUGUUUGAAGAGUCCAAAGAGUUUGUCUCCGAUCCCGACGACCAGAUCACGAAUACAUUGAAUAAAAUGCAUAUCAAAGAUGAGAAUAAGUCCGACACCGAAGACAGCGAUUCCGAAGAAGACGACAGCGAAUCGGAAACGACCAAAGAGUCGGCCGACAAAGAGGAGGUACAGAAGGACCAGAAGACUGAGACAAAAGAAGUGAAAUAGUAAUGUAAUAAAUGGUUGCCAUCAAUGAUUGAAUCCUCAAAUUUUGCACUUAUUUUUAUGACAUUAAAUCUCCAA